CUUUUGUUAGAUGUUUGCAAGCUAUCUUUAUUUUGUGAGACUUUUGCAAGUCUUUUUUUUAGGUUAGUCACGGACAGUUAGGACAGUUUGAUUUUUAUUGGUAGAUAUUUAAAAGUCAGAAUAUUUUACUGUUUUUCUUGGAUUUUAUUUUUUUGUUAUUGUGGGGACAAGUACAGAUCUUUUUUUUGCCAGUAAUUUUUGUGGUGUAGCAACAGGUCCGAUUGUUUUAUUUUUUUGCUUUGAGUGUUUUAUAGAAGAGUUAGCGGCCAGAUUUUUUUUUUUAUUAUUAUUUGUUAGCCCUGAGCAUUUUUUGUCGAGCAGUUCCAACUCAUCAUGUGCUGUCAUUCUGAUCUUUUUUUUUAACCCGGACGGGAUCGUGACUCCAAACAGACUAGUCGGUCGCAGUUAGUCAUCGCUCGGCUGGCUGGCUGGCUGGCACACCUGGCGUUUACUAAGGUGACUCGAGACACACGCUCCCCGUCUCGGGGUGGAUACACAGUUCAGGAAAUACUCUGGCCAUUCAGUUCCUCUUUUUUCUUAUUUUGCGGCCACUUCUGUGGCAGAGCCCUACGGAAACAACAGACUGAUCCCAUCUGUGCGACUGAAAUUAAAGAAGCUGCAGGGGAAGAAGUCGCGAUUUCAUGGAACGCAGUUCAGGCUGAAGAGAAACGGUCGGCGUCUCUGCACUGCAUGGGGAUCGUUUUGUUUUCUUGCACGUGUGCCCCCUUCAUUCGCGAGAAUUUGGCAUCGGCAGCUCUGGAUCUGCACUCCCGGCGCUCCAGAACUUUACUUUUGAAGGGGAUGUGAACUUGUUAAAGACUUCGGGUUCGCAGACGGAUCACCAGAAACUGGAGCCUCUCUGCUCGCCAGACGAGGUUGGGAAAACUUCGAAAUUCCCAGUGCAAGAGGAGAGGAGAAGAAGAAAAAGAAGUUCAGAGAAGGGAGGGUCAGCCAACAUUUAGUAAAUGCCAGUUGGCUACAAAGCAAUUUGAGAAGAGUAUAGCAUCUUCUAAGGUUUAAACAAUCGUGGGAUUAAAAAAAAAAAGAAUUCUGUUUUCAAUUUGCGAAAUGCGGUGAACUUGACGGGAACUUUCAUUGAAGGCAGAAGGGAUUACAGUAUACAAACUCUGGAGGUCUGCGUCUCAAGUGAUAACAAUUUGGACAAACUUUGGUUUUUGGGGGAAAACACUUCGCUGGAUGCCGCGGAUUACCACGCAUGUGAAGGCUUUCCUGUGGUGAAUUCCACCCCACCAUGCCUGAGGGGGCGCGCCGGUUGAGCCAGAAGAAGACCGGCAGCCAAGCUCCCUCCCGGCCUUCAUCCAUUUCCUCUCUGAGCAGCAUCUUCAGCAGGAUGGCCUCUUCGGCGGAGCCAAGCUCAGCUGGCAGCUGCUCUUCCGUCAACACAGUGUGCUCCGACAGUGACCGCGCGGCCAGCCUCAGCUCCUCUGCCUCUUCAGCGUCUCUGCAGGACAGUCACAGCUCUUUUGGUAGUGGGGGAUCUUUGGGGGGAUCCCUCCCUUAUGGCAGCUCUCUGUCCUACCCACCUCCACAUCGCAAUGGUAGCGACAUCAGCCUAGACCUGACUCCAGUCUGUCAGUUUGAUGACCGAGGAGGAACGGAGCUCUUGGUCACUCACAGUCAUCAGAACUUGCCGUGGGUAUGGCCAAGCAGUGAAGCUGCACGAGGGAAGCUGUCACGUGUCGACAGGGUGGUGCUAGAGAUUGUGGAGACAGAGCGAGCCUACGUGCGAGAUUUGAAAAGUGUUGUGGAGGAUUACCUGGGCUGCAUCAUUGACUGUGGAGACCUGCCCUUAAAGCCGGAUGAGGUCAGUACGCUCUUCUGCAACAUCGAGGACAUCUACGAGUUUAACAGCGAACUCCUGGAAGACUUGGAGAGGUGUUGCGAUGUGGCAGCCAUUGCCGAGUGUUUUGUGGAGAGGAGUGAAGCCUUUGAUAUUUACACCCUCUACUGCAUGAACUACCCCAACUCUGUGGCAGUUCUGAGGGACUGCAUGAAGAAUGAAAGCCUCGUUGGAUUCUUCCGAGAGCGGCAGACCACCCUAUCUCAUUCCCUGCCGCUUGAAACCUACCUGCUCAAACCUGUCCAGAGGAUCCUGAAAUAUCACCUGCUGCUGCAGGAACUUGCAAAGCAGUUUGAUAAGAGCAGCCCUGGCUAUGAGAUCGUAGAGGAAGCAGUCAUAAGUAUGACUGCUGUUGCCUGGUACAUUAAUGACAUGAAGAGGAAACAGGAGCAUGCCAUCCGUCUGCAAGAGAUUGAGAGUUUGCUGCUAAACUGGCCCGGCUCAGACCUGAGUGGAUUUGGUGAAUUGGUUCUUGAAGGUUCUUUCCGCGUCCAGCGAGUGAGGAAGGAGAGGGCUUUCUUUCUUUUUGACAAGAUGCUUCUCAUCACCAAAAAGAGAGGGGAUAACUUCAUCUACAGCACACACAUCUUUUGCUGCAACCUUCUGCUGGUCGAGACGCUGAAGGACCCCCUGGCUUUUAGAGUGUCUGACCAGACCAUCCCUAAGCAGGAGCACACAGUACAGGCUAAAAACCAGGAAGAAAAGCGGCUCUGGCUACAUUACCUUAAGAGGCUGAUUGUAGAAAAUCAGCCCACAUCCAUACCACACAAGGCCAGACAGGUGCUUGGCGACAGCUGCUCUGCCUAUCUUCCCUCCUUGCAGUUUAAUAGUGAGACGAUCUGGAAGCCAGCUCCUUCUCCACGUCUCGAAGACUGCAGGUCACACCACAGAGGGAGGCGCCAAUCAGCAGAGCCCCCGGAGUUCAUGUACACCCCAGAGAAGGCAAAGAAGGGUUUCUCUCUGCUUCAUCUUGAUGGAAACAUUCAGUACCGCCGAGGGCGUCGCCAAUCGGCGCCAGCCAAAGAAAUAGAAGCUGCAUUCCAGCAUGGUGUGAAACUGAAGCAUACCGGAAGUGAGGGAGAACUCUGCCCAUCUUUGGACCCAAUCGGUUCAUCUGAAAGUGCCAGUACUUUGGCUUCCUCUGUCAUCGAGGUAGAAUCAAACACAGGAAUUGCAGGUCUUGAAGAGUAUGAAGAAGAAGAAAUGUGUCUGUCCAGAACCUCGGCUCUGUCUAUCACAGAGGAGAUCCUGGAGCUCAUUAACCAGAGCCGGGUGUGGGACUGUGAUGAUAACGGGGCAAGCUGGCACAUUGGCAAGUCAAAGGACCACCAAGAAAUGCAUAAUAAUGAUGAAGGAGCAACUUCAGACAACCAAUUAGCCUUGAGUAACAAGAACGAUGACAACACGGUGUUGGAGGAAGACGACAAGGAUAGAUUCAAAGAACCACCCAUCGAAACAGUAAAAACUACGGUUUCAGAAUUACAGACCCAAGCCAGUGAAUCCUCGGAAGAAGAGACACAGAUGCAAGAGGAGCUGGAGCCUUCACCCCUGCAUAUGCUUGAAGAACUGCUUCAAGAAUGUGAGGAAAGUGAGAGUAAGGAGCCAUUGGACGAAUGUGAGGAAAGAAAUCCCAUAGCAAUAAAGGUGCAAGAUGGCACUGGAGAGAAUCAAGAGAAAGAGAGGUGCCUCGCAGAAAACUCAGACUUACUGAGUGUUAAGGAAGAACUGACAAGUGUCUGCUGUCAUGAGGACAGUAAUGCAAAUGACCACUCGCGUUCCAAAGAGUCCACAAACCAAGUGUCAUCUCUCUGGCCUAAUGAAGAAACUGACAAGCCUGCACCUAAGAGAGAAAGAACUCUAACCAAACGUGACCGCCUUCUAAUAGAGAAGAUCAGGAACUAUUAUGAAAUGGCCGAGGUGAGCAACUCCCACUUUCAAAGACGAGACAGCAUUUCUUUCAUACCUGCCGGGCUUGUUAAGCAUUCUGUGUCCAGAUACAAUUGCAUCACAAAGCAGGAUGGCAGUGGGCAGACUGUGAUAAGGAAAAUGGAUGCAGGUGAACCUCAGGCUUCCCUCCUCAUUUCAGAGCCACUACUCCGUUCUGAUUUGGGGAUGAGCAACCAUCAUGACCACUCUGAAGCACAAGUUUCUGAGAAAAAGAAGAAGUUAGAAUCAGAUUCUGGAAGUAAUUUUACUCUCUGUUCUGCCGAGAAGACUGAACUGGUGGCCAAAUCUCGAUCUUGUGCAGAGCUACUAGAAAUUUGGAAAGAGAAAGAGAAACCACUUAAAGGAAUUGAUGGUAAUUGUGCCUGCAGGGUAAAUGCAGAAGUGAAGGAAUCACCCUUGGGUGAGUCUUUGAUGACCCUGGAAGAUGAUGGACAACAGAGCAGCAUAGGAGAAGCAGAAUCAAUAGACAAGGAAGCAGAAGUGAAAGUGGCUGAGCAACUGCCUUUCAUGGUAGAAACAGAGAGAAAAGAACAAUCAGAAGCUCAUGAGAGAACUGUAACCACUGUACCAACAUUUUCUGCAGCUUCCGAAAGUCGGCCAAUCCCCAAAACUGACAUUGAUUCUAAUCCCAAAUUUGAGGCUGCUCGAGUCGACCCAAAAACAACUGCAUUUCAUGUCCCACCUGAUGUGGCCGGGAUCAGCCUACGUGAGAGCAGAGAGGGCAGUUUGAUAGAGAACUCGGACAAGAUCCUCAGUAGAGUCCAGAUGCUGGCCCGUAUGUACAGUGCCAAAGUCAGCCAGAGGAAGACCCCACUGCAUAAGAAGGUGUGGGAGAGCAAGGGAGUGCCAGGGAGACGGGACCUUCCAGAGCUUUGGCAACAGUGCCAAGGGGUGGAACCCAUCAACAAGGACAUAGGCAUGCCCAAGGUGCCAAGAGACCCCCAGGUAUAUGGACAUGUAUUUAUCCGAGAGCAGAUAUCCCUCCCCUGUGUGCAGGAAAAUGAGUGUAUCAUCUCUGCAGCCAAGGGUAGCUUCUCCUACAUCGAGGGCAUCAAUAAAGAAGCAGAGCCCAGAGCUGGCAGUGAAGCAAAUGACACAGCUAUUUUACCAUGCCCGGAGGAACACUUGGCAGCUCCAGCAGUUUCAGAGUAUGUCACAUCACCACCCAAUGAUCCUCCUUCCCAUACAGAUGUUCCAAGGAUAAAGGAGGAUACGCAGACAACUUCUUGCAGACCACAGACGCCAGUACCAGAAGAAGACGCAUCUGGGACCACCCAUCAAGAAAUGAUACCUCAUGAGUGUCACACUGAUGCCGGCCUUUUAAUUGAAGAAACCUCCAUGAAUGACAUACACUUGGAGGAGAAAGUGGAUAGGAAGCCAAGAUUAACAGACAAUUAUGAUUCAGAUAAUAAGCAUACUUCUAAUCUUGUUGUAGAAGCCGAGCAGGAUGAGAGUCCCAUGCCAGUAGAUGGCACUUACAACAUAGACAAUGAGUUUACUUUCACAGAUGAUGCAGAACCCCAGCAGAAUCAGAGUCCAGUGCAAGUGGCUGCUGGUUAUGGCACAGAAAACAAGCUUUCUUUUAACAUGAAGAUAGAUGUGAAGAAAGACGAGGUCCCAGUGCCAGAGGUUGUCAGUUAUGGCACAGACAAUGAGUUUAUGUCUAGCACCAAGGUAGAUACCAAGCUGGAUAAUCCCCUAAUGCCAGAACUUAGCCAUUAUGACAUGAACUGUCAUAUUUCUUCUAGUGGAGAGGCAGAAGUCAAGCAAGAUGAGACCCCUAAACCAGUAGCUGAAUUAAUGGCUGAUGUUGAUUCCAUGGAUGUAGCCCUACCACUCAUAGAUGUUCGUAUUUCACUAUCAUCCCAGCAGAAGGGAAGUGCAAAUCAAAGCUCUUCACCAUUGACUGCAACUGAACUCCCCGUUACUACCCUAACUGGUCAGGAGGGCUGGCAACUAGGUCAUAAUAAAGCAGCCACUGAAGAAAAUGAAAAUGAAGGGCGGUGUAUGGUAGAAAAAGGAGAGGAAGAGACAGCAGAAGAUGUCCCUAUUACUACUUUGAGAUCAAAGUCUCCAGAGCUUUCUAAUGCUGAACCUCAAGGCAUAGAUCCUGACCUCACAGAGCCCAGAGUACAAUUACCAAAGUUCACCAGCCAAAGGCCAUCCUACUUGACAACUACAGUUGGCAGAAGAGGCCUCCCUCAGUGUAAAUCAAUGCUCAGCGACACGUUUUCCACUUCUUCAUGCCCCAAGGAUGUUCAAACUCCACUAAGUUCUGGAGACCAUCCAACAAAUCAGCCUUGUGCACUGAACGCUUGUGAACCUUUUUCCCAGUGUGAACUUAACUUCAGCUUGAGACGGCGAUCACCAUCUCCCAUGGGAAGAUAUGCAGGCUCCAGUCCAUCCAGGUCAUUCGCAGCUGCUUGCAUUAGUCAAAGUCUGCCUAAGCUGGACACAUUUGCCCCCGUUGCCCCAAGUGGCAAACCACAGGUUGCACUUAGCCUUCUUAAUACACAGAUAGGGGCUAGACCACGAGACCCGAGUCCAUCUUUUAUUCGUCCGAGCUCAGAUAAAACAAACCGUAAUGGGUGCUUGGCAGUUCUAUCUUCCAGUGCUCAUUCUCAAGCAGUUUCAGCAAGUCCAUCUCCCACCUCCCCCUUGGAUACAGAUGGCCUUCAGCACCCUCUGAGCACCCUGGCUCAUUCCCGCUCCUUCUGUCCAGAGAUUUGGAACAGCAAUAACAAUAACAGCAAUGCUCUUGAGCUACAGAGAGCCACUCCACCGAGCAAGGGUCAGGCAGUGUCUUCAGCAAGCUUACAAAGACCACUCUGUAUAUCUGGACACAAUCGAAUAGCUCGGCCAUAUUUUUCUGCCUCAGAACCCAGCUCUAGGAUUCAAUCACCUUCACCAUCCUUUGCAAGGUUAUGCUCGACUCCCACUGUGUCACCAUCUCCUUGUGUGCAGGCACCUCCUGAAAAUGCUACCUUAAAAGCCAAGCCUCCUCAUCAUCCCUUAAAGACCAAGGGUGGCCGUUCAUUUCGGCCAAUCAGCGUGGCAGUACCAGACUGUUCUGGAACAUCCUCUGCUUUCUCCACCUCCCCAUGUUGCAGCCCCAGAAUCAUUUCCCCGACUGCCACCUCAGUUUCGCCACUAUUUGCACGAUCCAGAGGGAACAGCCUGCCUUUUGUUAAUCUUACAGAAAGAUCUCCAAGCCCCUUUAGUGAUGUAAAGAAGUCCUGGGGAGGACAUAGGAGUCUUGACCAGGAUUUGGUACUAGAUGACAGUCAGCGAAGUUGUGGAAAGAGUCCAGCUAGAUCUGAAACCCAUUUGAACCUCAGCUCUCCAGAAUUUAACUGCCAAGACUGGCCUGAUUUCCAGGAGAAAUCCUCAUCUUCUGAGAACGGAAACUGUACAUCCAAAGGGGCAGGAGAAAAUACCUCUUGGGAGGAAGAAGUCAGGCCACCCAGCAGGAGCUGCAGGAGCACUGUCAUAUGUGCUUAUGUCGCAAGUCCUCAGGCAGUGGAACCUGAGCUGCUGAAAAAGUCCUCACCUUUGCCAAACCAUGGGAUGGGGGGCACAGUUCACCCCAGUGCAAACAGUACCAAGGGAACAGGGAAAGCAAGCUACUCUACGACUGUUAACCUUCAGAUUGGUGGAAGCGGGAAGAUUGCCUCCUUCAGCAAUGCCCAGGUUAGCCUCACGCAGACACUAGUGACCGUGCCGGAGAGCCAAAGCAUCCGGAGGAUUAAUGUGAACAGCUGUGUCGUUGAGUCCUCGUAGUACACUUGACAUUUGGACAAUGCCAUCAGUGGGCAUUUGAGACCCAUCUGAGAGGAAUGAUGAGUGGCAUUCAACCACCUCCUCAUCUGGGGCCAAAACUGAGUAUCUGUAGGAAUAUUUAUUCUUAUUUAAUAUUAAGCUGGCAAGAGGCACUGGGAGAGAAACUGUAGGAAUGCAAAGAUGAAGAUGUGAGAAGAAAAUGAGGGUGAAGUGACAUAUUUAUUUAUAGCUGAUUCGCUCCUGUGUUAGCAAUUGCUUGGCUCCAGAGCGGCCAGUCAACCAAGUGCUGCCCUGUUAGACAACAGUGCCUGGCAGAUGGGACCUGUGAAGCUUUUUUAUCUUGAUUUUAUGAUGGAGCCUGCUAGGUUGGCUGUGAUCAGAGCCACCCUUUGAAGAAAAAGAGGAAAAAAAUGAUUUAACGUUCAUCAGCACCGAUGGAAGAUACGAAAGCACUCGCCCCACCGUGGGCAUCCCGUUGUGAAUAUCUGUAACAUUCCAGACACAAACUGUGAUGAGUAUUUUAGGGUGCUCUGUGUGUGUGUUGUUUUUUUUUUAUACCCAUAAUGCAAUUAGUAUUGUGUAGCACGUUUACGAAAUGCUGGGAAAUUAAUGUAAAAUGCAAGCUGUGCUGUGUCUUAUGGUCACUGUUUACACAUGGCAGCAGACCCUCAUUUGCACUUUGGACCACAAAAUGCCAUCUCUUUGACCAGGGGUGCAAUACAUGGACCCCAGGAGGUACGUGAAACCUCAUCCAUGAGAUACGUUUUGGGGUGAGAGAUACUUGGUGUAAACGGAAAAUGACUCUUGCACCAUGUCUUCCACCACUUAUUUUAAGGGGCAGCUCAGAGGAGUAUGGAGACUGAUACAUUUUGUGUUUCAGUGAUAUGUGUAGUUUAGAAUCAAAAAUUAACAAAAGUGCAAGUUUGCUUCUCUAUUUGAGUGUACUAGGGCAAGGAAAAGUAUGCCAGCCCAUUGGAAUGACUUGGUUUUCUGCAUUAAUUGGUGAGAAAGUGUGGUCUGAUCUUCCUGUAAGUCACAAGUGUAGACAAACACAAUACGCUUACACUAAUAACACAAACACAAUUAUAUUCUUAAACAUCUUUACUGAUCGCAGCUAUCAAACAUUCACAGUGUUCUGGGGAAAAAGUAAUGAAACCCUUAAUAACCGGUCAAACCGCCUUUAGGCAGCAAUAAUCUCCAACAAGUGCUUCUGGUAGCUAUAGAGCAGACCUGCACAACGUUAUGGAAGAUUCAGGACCGUUGUUCCUUACAGAAAUGUUUAUGCCUCAGGUAUAUUCUUAGGAUGUGUGGUGUGAACGGCUCUCUUGAGGUCAUUCUGUAGCAUCUCUGUUGGGUUAAGGUCUGGGCUCUGACUGGGCCACUCCAGAAGGUAGAUUUUCUUUUUUUGAAGCCAUUCUCUAGUAGAUUUACUUUGAUGUUUAGAGUCAUUGUCCUGCUGCAUCACCCAACUUCUACUGAGCGUCAGAUGUCAGACAGCCCCCCUGAUUUUAUCCUGGUGGUUACCUCUAUAUACUUGGCAGUUCAUUUCCCCUUCAAUGAUGAUAAGCUCUCCAGGCUCCAAGUCAGUACAGCACAUCACUGUAUUUCACAAUUUGGUUAACAUUUUCAUGUUAGUUAGUAUGUGGUGUCCUUUUUACAUCACACAUGCUGUUGCACCUUCUUCCAGAACAAUUCAUCCUUAGAUUCUUCUGCAUUUCCCCAAUGGCUUUAUGAAGUGUGAAGGUGUCCUUUGGCAAACUUCAGACAUGCAGCAAUUUUUUUGGAGAACAGUGGCUUCCUCCUCAGUGUCCUGCUAUGGACACCAUGCCUAUUCAAUGUUUUUUGUUAUCCUCUUCCAAUGAUUCCUUCAAGCUUUUAGCUGUUACUCGUGGGUUUUUCACCUCAUUGAGCAUUCUGUGUUCUGCCUUUUGAGUUGUACUAGUCAGGUGCCCACUUCUAGGGAGAGCAGACACAGCACUAACUAAUUUCCAUUCAUACACAGCUAUCGACUGAUAAAUAUUUAAACUCCAUAAAAUUACUUUGUUACUUUUUCCAUCUCAAUAGUUUUUGAUUGUAGAUGUUCUGAGAACCUUUUUUGGUGAAGCAUGCUUCACAUUAGCAGAUACCUCUUAUGAAUUACAAACUUAAAAUGGGUCUUUGAGUCUUUUUUAUCGGUCAGAGUUGCUAUAAACCGCACCUCUAAUCUCGUUUCAUUGGCCAGUCUCUAGGUGCAUCAACUCCUGACUCCAGUUAGCCUUUGCUGAAGUCCUAAGCCUAGAAGUUCACAUGCUUUUUCCAACCUACACUACUAGUAUGUUGGAAUGAUAUAUUUAUUUAAUUUGCACAAACCAGAACAAUGAUUUGUGCAUUUUCAGUUACAACCGAUAUUGUAUUUCAGUAUUCUAAUUUUGAAGAAGAUCAGACCAUAUGUUAAGACUAAUUUAUACAUAAACGGGCUUAACUCCAAAGGGUUCACUUACUUUUUCUUACCACUGUAUGAAUCUUCGUAAUGAUGGAUUCCAAAACUAGCUUUGGAAUCCCUCCAGAUAAUAAAAUGAAUCCUUUAUAAUCUAUCGACCCCAACAAACUAUGAAGGGCAACCAGAGACAUUGGUUUUCAGGCUAGUUGUGUAGUUCUUCCAGGAAAUUGCCUGUUCUAGUUUGCAACUAUCUGGGUUUCUCAAUUUUUAGCAAACACAAAAAAUGUAAUUUACUUAAAGGCAUGCAUUCUCAUCUGCAAAAAUACAAUAAAUAUAAUGAUUCCAGCUACAGUUCUCACCUGUAAACAUCCAGGUCUUGGUUUAAAAUUUAUAAAAUAUGAACCAGGCUACUAAUGAACCCAAUGCUCAUUUGUAAAUCAUUAAUAACCAACUGAACAACCAACACUGGGUGCACAGAUGUCCUUGUUUUAAGAUGCGUCUCCAGGUCUUCUGGAAAAUUGCUACUCCUGGCUUGCACCUUAAUGUUUUUAGAUAAGAACCAAUCCUUAAAAAAAAA